CAAAAUAGUCCUGGCCUGUCUUUUCUAUUAACACAACAGCGAGGCUGUGCACAACAAGACUGCCAUCCUCUCGCAAGCAGCGGCUAUUCAAACUGGUCGCUUCUGGGGGCUGGCGCUUAUCACCGCCAUGGCUCCGCUAAACUUGUCGUCGUGCCCUAUCACCAUCGCCCAUUGACGCCUCCAACUGUGAGUCUGGGGGGAUAUUCACUUCCCCGUAGCGGCGAAGCAGGCCGCUAUUUUGAGGCCAGUCUGUUUGGCGGGGUGGUGGAAUUUUACGACGACAAGCAAGACCCCAUGGGAAGACGACAAGCAGGAGUGCCUUACUUGAUCGACGACGGGACAAAAAGUUCUAGAGCAAUUGAGAUCUCGAGAAACUACAUCUUUGAGUUCAUCGACGGGAACCUGACGUUCCCCAUCCGUGCAUCAUCCAGAGCCCGUCCAACCACCCUGGCGGAACUGAAAGAGACAAGCAAAGAAACGUCGGGCAUACGGCCGCGUCAGCGGAACCGAGUUCCCAAGACUUCAUCGCCUGAACGCGACAAUGAGCUCUACGUGCCGAGUGCAAGCAACCGCGGGUCUAGAAGUCCGAGUGCUGGGUCGACGGCUCACCGUCAACUACCUGUUCACCCUCAGUACCGCGCAGUCCGCACUGCUCAUCCCAUGGUAGAACAGUCUUACGGCGGAGCUGGGUCCCAAGCUUUCCUUGACACCCAAGGUUAUGGAGGAGUUGGCAACCGAGCCUACGGAGGACCUAGCAGCCAAGUUUAUGGGGGACCUAGCAACCCAGGGUAUGGCAGACCUAGCCACCAAGCUUAUGGAGGACCUAGCAGUCAAGCAUAUGGGGGACCGAGUAACCAAGCAUACCCGGGGAGCGGAGGUUAUGGUUGGGGUCAGAGCGGUCCAAGAUAUGGCCAUUAAUGGGAAGAUUCUUUGUCCCCUCUGGAGAGGUGGUGAAGUGUGUGUGGGUAUGGAUUUGGGAGUAUUGGGGUGGCGUUAUUGCCUUGUUUGACG